CGUGAUCUUCGAAAUCAGGCUGGCCAGUGGCCACGAAAUUUGAAAUGUGGAGACCGAUCGCUAGUGCCGGUUAUUUAAUGUGAACAGUCAACACUACAAUUAAUAAAUAUAACCCGAGAGCUCUAUCCAACAAACACAGGACUUUGGCCUCCGUUUGUUUUCCUGGCUGAAGAUGGCAUCUCUCACUCACCGUGAUUUUGUUUCACUGGCUGAAGAGAAAUUUGACUUUGACGUUUCAUUGUCACCUGCAAGUUCUAAAGGAGAUUACGAUGUUGAGGAUGAGGUUUUCAUGGGUCCGGUCAGUAAUAAAGAUAAACGCAUUUCUCAUGGAGUGGAGAUUCAUGUGACGGACCGUAUAAGCAGCGGCCCGUCUCUGGGUGAAGAGCCCAGCUGGAGUCCGCUUACAGGAGAGAAGUUUGAUGAAAUCUGCAAAGAAGCUCAGCUACUCGCCAGACAUCUCGAGCAAACCGUCACAGAUUCUGUAGCCGAGAGCAGCAUCGUUUCCUCGAGCCAAGCCAAGGAGAUGGAGACGUUUGAGCUGGACAACACAGUCAAACUGAACAUGUUUAGCAAGCCAGCUGAUGUUCUGAGUCCCAUCAAAAGAGAGACCUUUCUUGUGCAGGACAGCCCGAUGAAGCAGCUUCCACCUGCCAUUCAGAAGCGUAUGCUGAAGGCUAACGGGACGGCCGGGUUUGGUAAGCCACGUCUCAGUACAUCGAGUCCAGUCAGGCCCGCUGUGACACAGCCUAAGAUGGCUACUAGAGACAAAGCCCUUGUGGCUAGUAGUGGGGUGUUACCCAGGAAACCCACAGCACAAGGGAACUCGCGACUUUCCUCCAGCACCAAACUGCCACCGGCUACUAAAACUAGGCUUCCUCCUCCUCUCAGCAAAGGUAAUUUUGGGCUAAAGCGCAGUCCCAGCAGUAGAAACACAAGGAGAGCUGGUUCUUCUGAAGACCUUCUGUCCGAUAACACCAGUGUUGCUUCUGAUGUCAGUGAUUCGUCCUUUAACACUAGUUUACCAGGAAGAAGCAGCAUUCCGGCCCGGAACAAGACAGAAUUGCGAGCUCCAUCUGCUCUUAAAGCUCCUUCACUUCAGAACUCAAGAGUUGUAGACAGGAGGAGAAACACUUCAUCCUCUUCCUCAUCUGUGUCCAGCAUCAACUCUAGUCUAACUGUCUCUCCAGGAAGUAAAGCUAAACUGAAUUCCUCCCUGAACUCCAGCACUAACAGCAUCGGCGCUCGUUCACACAGCAGUGUGAGCAGGUUGCCAAGUUCUAGUCGCAAAUCCUCUGUCGUCACCAGAAACCCAGAGCCCCCUGUCAGCAGACGGACCUCCAUCUCUACACAGGGGAGGAGGGCAUCUGAACUCCAUCCCAGACCUGUUAAAGCUACACCCCUUAAGAAAACAGAUCCAUUACCGCCUCCACAGCUUCAGACCCCAGCACAAAAUACAGUUGAAAAGACCACCUCUACAUCCAGCAUCCCUGCAUCUGCUGCUAAGAUGGGAAGUGCUCUCAGAGGAAACCCCAAACUCAAGGUCCCAGUGGUGCCAACACCCACAAACUCCCUGAAGGGAGUUCGCAGAUCAGAGGUUAUAGUUUCCUCCUCGCCUGACGUCCCUCGUAUCAUGAAGCCAAAGAGUUUAUUGACUGCAUGCAGUGUGGAGAGUAUUCCUGAUCAUCUAUUCGGUCCUCCAUUGGGCCUCCUGACACCCUCAGCUAUGGGCAGCAAACUGCGGAGACCAUCAGCUCUUCCCACCCCAGUCAACCGCCGGAUCUCUGGCAUCCCUGCACUCACACCCAAGAGUGUGUCACGUCUGAGUAAACCUUCCCAGGUCACAGAGCGCUCAUCGAGCUCCAGCCAAGCGGCCACUCAUUCAAAGCGCCCUGAAAACAUGAAAGAAAGUGAGAGUCAGGAAGAAAAGCAAACUUCAGUGUCCAAUGAGGAGACCUGCCCUCCAGCUGACCUCCAGCCCUGCUCCCUGGUCUUUAAUAUGGAGGAUGAGCCUGAGGAACCUCCUGCCUGUGAGCCAGCAGUUGUGGAGAGUCCCUCUGAUUCGCCUUCAUGUGAUCCAGAGCCUCCUCAAGUCGACAUCAAACCCCCAGCACUUCCAAGCUCAGUGGACACCCAAAAACACCUGCAGAUCUCAGAGAAAAAGGAAGUUAAAGAGGUUUUGCUUGUGGACGCACCGGCACCAGCACUUCAGCCAUCAGAAAAGCUGCUAAUUGAUCUCUCCAAUACCCCAGACCUGAUCAAGACUUCCUCUGGAAAGCCUUGGGGAGGACAGUUAAUUGAUCUGAGCUCACCUCUUAUAAAGUGGAGUCCAGAGGACAAGAAAGGAAAUGCUGAGAAUGCAGCUCCACUGAUCGACUUGUCUUUUUAGAGGACCUGCAAAAUUUACUGUGAACUGUGCCAAGAAAAAAAAUUAACUGGAGCAUUUCAUACUGUUUAAUACUGUUGAAAUUAAUUUAAGAGGGAGCAUGGAUGCUGCUGUGCUUUAAUAGCCUGUGCGUUUUUAUUUGUGUUGUCUGUCUUACAUGAUUGUAUGUAAUUAUGGUGAUCUGCAGUAUUUUAGAAAUCAUAGUUGUUGUAUUUUCCCCAAAAGGUACAAAUAAAUGUUCAAUUUA